GUUCUGUGCAUACCCUUGUCACAUGGUUUGGCGAUAUGGGGAACUCGACAUCGGCUCAAGAAAAUGAGCCUGCGCCGGCGCCAGGCCCAGCCAAGACCCAUGAGAGCUUGGGCAAGUUCUACGCGGCAGAGAUCGAAGAACUGCGCCAGAAACCAUGCUGCAGGAACUUCUUGAAGAUACUCUUCGUGAUAUUGGGCCUUAUUACUAUUAUACAAUCAAUAGUAGUGAUAGCAGUGACUAUAGCAUCCGCGAUUGCCUCUAAGAUCUUCAGCAAGGAACAGUCAGGUCGGCUGGUGGCGAUGAUCAUCCUGGCUGUUACAGCAGCCAUCACUAUUUCCAUGGUCAUCUAUGCUAUUAUAGCGGUGUUUAAGAAUAAGAAGAAGCCCUUGCAUGCGACAGCGGCCGUAAUGCUCAUAAUGUCGAUAAUACAAGCUGUGAUCCUGGGUGUGUGUGUCCGUGUUUCGCCAGAGGACGAGAUACUGCUCAAUCGGUCGCUGGUGGAGUCCUUCCGCCUAGCCAGGGAGGAUAACCCUCGGCAUGUGAAGAUCUGGGCCACUAUGCAAAGCGAUCUUAAUUGUUGCGGCGUGUACAGUGCAGAUGACUACCGAAUUCGGAACAUUCCCAGUUACUUCGCACCAGAUAUCCCCAUCUCGUGUUGCCCAGGGUACGACCCGAAGAGAUCAGAGCUGGUGCAAGAGCGAGAGAGGGAGAGCUGUAAAGCGAGACGGGAAUAUUAUGAGGCGGGGUGUAAGAGCCCUAUGAUGGAAAUGUUCAAGUUUGGAUGUACUAUGGUUUUGGUGAACGCUAGUUUAUUGAUUUUGAGCAAGCUUCUCUUGGCCUUGGUUGCACUUUUAUUACUGAGACAGAAGCCUAAAGAAGAACAACAGCUUACAGUUGUUACAGCACCGACACCCAUGCCACGGGCCUCCCUAAGCCAAGGGAAGACGAAAUCAAUCAGUACUUCCAACGCUUUAUAAAAAUUAUUCUGAAAAAAAUAAAACACCAAACUUCUUUACCAAAAA